AACAAGAUCACACAUGACUAUAUUUAGGUUUACACAUUGAGAGAAUUUGAUGAGUCAAAGUGCUUAGAUGAACAGUUCCAAAAGUCAAAAGUGGACGAAUAUAGCAGGACGGGGGUAGUAUGUUUUUUUGUUUUGUUUGAUUUUUUGGGUUCCUGUGUGUUGUUAAUUUAUUGUAUUACAGGGAAUAUCUUGUGAUGAAGGGUGUAAGAGUUGGAGAGACUAAGUGAUGUAUAAAGCAUGCUAACAACAAAAGCGAAGGUUCUGUUGUCUACUUUCUGCAUUGUGGAAACAUCUGAAAGUCUCUUUGGUUUGACUUCAUUUUGUUGUGACUAUUUGGUCAAUAGAUCAUUCAAAUCUCUGUCAGAUCUAAGAAGGAGGUCAGCAUCAACGAAGGUUCUUCUUCUUAAAGGUUGCCAGCAAUUUUGUCGCCAGAGUUUUCUCUCCUUAAAGGUCUAGAUGGUGAUUUUUGGUGAAUUUGAGGACAAACCAGACUAGAUUGAAGGUUGAUCUAAACUCUAAAGUGAUGAUGCAUGUGGGUUCGACGACGGAUCUAAAUGGGCUAAUGGACGGAAAUGAUUCCUAGAUUUACUAAAGGAGACGAUUCAAU